AUGGGAUAUUCAACUGUGACCGGAUUCGUCUCGGAUCCGACCCGACACAGAACUGAAACACACAAAGGGAAAAACACAGAGAGGCGGCGUUUAACAGUGAAAGAGAAGGAAAAGAAGAAGAGAGAAAGGAGGAGAAAGAUGAACAAGAAGGAGAUAUUCAAGCUAGCAAAGGGUUUCAGGGGAAGAGCGAAGAACUGCAUAAGAAUCGCGAGGGAGAGAGUUGAGAAAGCUCUUCAGUACUCUUACAGAGACAGACGCAACAAGAAACGUGAGAUGAGAGGUCUCUGGAUCGAGCGUAUCAACGCUGGCUCUCGUCAGCACGGUGUGAACUACGGUAACUUUAUCCACGGACUGAUGAAGGAGAACAUCCAGCUGAACCGUAAAGUCCUCUCUGAGUUGUCUAUGCAUGAACCUUACAGCUUCAAAGCACUCGUGGACGUCUCCCGCAAGUCCUUCCCUGGAAACAAGAACGUUGUCCAAGCUCCUAGGAAAAUUGACAUUUCUUCCCUUAAUGCCUAGUUCUGGCCAAAUUUCAUUUCAUCUCUACCUUCUUGUUCUCUUUCAAACAAGAACACAUAUCUGUUACUUAUUUUUUUGAAUCACAUGUACGCCUGGUUCGGUGGUAGUUAACUAUUAAACCUUCACAACCUUAAGAGAAAG